AUUUCAUUCUGAUCUCACUAUUGGUUUGUGUAAUUUGUGAUGUUAAACGAGCUUCGAUUCCAACAAGUCUAAGACGAUGUUUACACACAAGAGAUCGAUACUUUCCUAUGACCGAUGAACAAAUAAGCACUACUUGCUUGUUAGAAUUUCUGUGGUUGAAUCGACAAAUAUGUGACAAGGUGUCUAAACUAACAUUUGAUUGGCUUGCGUCACUUGUUGAAAAAUCACAGCAGCGAGUAAGCUUGACACCUUUACAUGCAAGUGUUCAUUCAAUUACAAGAUCUGAACCACAAACGACAAUAAUGUCACUACCAAAUACUUCAACACCUACGCCACUUAAAGAAACUUUAACGACAACAUCUACCAAAAGACACAUGAAAAAACGACAAACUUCAACGACCACCUCUCUACCACAUUUAUCAACCAAAAUCUCUCAACCACAAUUGUCAACAACAACGUCACAACCACAAACGACAAGAUCGCAAUUAAGACAGCGCAAAGAGUACAGAAUGCUUACUGACCAGGAAAGGGAUGAUUAUCAUAAGGCCAUUAACGACUUAAAGCGAGACACUAGUGUAUCGCCAAAUAAAUAUGAUGCUCUCGCUGAACAUCACCAAAAAACAUCAGAGACGGCUCAUGGUGGAGUAGCUUUUGGCGGUUGGCACAGAUAUUACCUAUUUCUGUAUGAACUUGCUUUGCAAGAAAAGAACCCAAACGUCAUGCUACCAUACUGGGAUUCCACCUUAGAUAGUUCGAUGGACACUCCGACUGAUACUGUAAUUUUUACGGAUAAGUUUCUAGGAAAUGCGUAUGGAAAUGUUACAUCAGGACCAUUUGGAGAUUGGGAACGAAAAAUACAACGAUCCCUUCACAAGGAUACAUCGUUGCUAAUCACGAAAAAUGAAUUGAGUCUGUUAAUCAAUAAGAGUAAGGACCAACGAGAAUUCAUGAGUACUUUAGAAAUGCAUCAUAACGGCCCACAUGUAUGGAUAGGUGGUACUAUGGUAGAUGUAGAUCAAGCUCCUUUUGAUCCUAUUUUUUACAUGCAUCAUGCAUUUAUUGAUUGUAUAUGGGAGCGUUAUAGAGUUCUUGAGAAACAAAGGGGCCAAAACCCGGAAAUCUACCCAAGUGCAAAAUCGGACAAUCUAGCGCAUCAAUCCUCUAGCUUAAUGGUGAAUCUACCUCCUUUCAAUAAUGUUAAUCUUACGAAUGCUGAUGGAUAUAAAAACUUUUGGACAGAAACUUAUUAUUCUUGUGCACCUCAACCAUCGUGUACGGUCCAGAAACCAGCAUGUGGAUCAAAGUGGCUUGAAUGUGACAUAUUUACAGAAAGAUGUGUUUCUAAAGGCUCAGAAGCUGCCUUACCCCGCGUUACCCCUUCAGAUGUUUUCAGAGUAAAGAACGCACGAGAUCAAACAUCUCCAACUAUUCAACGAUUUACUACAACUCCGCCAGCCACACAGUUUGGUCAAUUAUCAAGUCAGCCAAAAAGCAAAAGUAGAAAGAUUACAGCUGAUGAAUUUUUCUCUACACUAAAAUCAUUGAAGAAGCUACCUCUCACUGUUCCAAAAACAAGUCCUCGAAUCAGACGUAGUAUGAUGACAGGGCGAACUGGACAAAACGGCCGUACAGGAAUACCUGGAAGACUUGGUCCUCCCUCUAUCCUUAUUACUCAACAGCUUCAACAUAGAAAACUGUCUAUUGACGGAUUGAAAAUACCAAAAUUUAGGAAACCAUGUUGUGGACAUCCAAUACAGAACUCUUUUAGAAUGGAUUGCAAAAAAGGAACAGAUUUAUGGGUAUUUGUUCCAAUCAAAGUUGUAAAUCUACGACAUGGUGAUAUAGUUUAUUCGUCAUAUCCAGUUAAUUCAGAAGGUCGUAGACUGAAUAAUACCGAUGUGUUUUCUGUUGGCCAGCAAUUAUCAUUUGCAUCUAAUUUACAAUCCAAAGCACGUUCCAAACAUAAGCCAUGCAGCUACGACAAAUCUGGUUUGUUUAAAGUUAAAAUAUCCUCUUAUGGCUUAAAUUAUUAUGGUAUUUACGAAGAUACAGUCUUUUUGGACAACAGACGCACAGUUUCCACUGAAAUUUCAUAUCUUGGCAUCAGAAAUCCAGAGCAAAGGGCGACGAGGGUUUUCAUCACUGCUGUUGAUGAAUGUGGAAUUGCUUGUCAACCGAUGAUUUUGAUGCGGGGUUAUCGAACUCGUCAUUUGCGAUAUAGGAAAAACCAAGGAGCUAUUGAAAUAACAACAAAGGGCCAUAAGUAUCACAGUAACACAUAUAGAGGUGCUGAGUCCUUGGUUUGGAAAGCAGACACAUUUUCUGUUCCUCAACCAGAUGAAAACCAGAUUCCGAUUGUAUUUGUUUGUGAUUAUAGAAGUAAAAUUCCAUGGUCUUGAAACAAAUAUAGUCGUGUUGAUAUGGAACUUUUUCAUGUCGUUCGUUUAAAACUUUUUCAGAAAUUAUAUUUUGUACAGUGAGCACGUUUUGGGAUGUUCUAUGCAUAACUCAUAUUUAUGUUUAAUGUUCAGUAGUCAGCACCUUUG